AGUGCAGUGUGCAUUUGGAAGUUGUCGCCAUCAUAACUGGCUACAUGUAGAGCUAGCUUUCAAGUCAGUCUGCCGUUGUGAUCGAGGAUAUACAGUAAAUAAUACGGUUUAACCUCUUUUUGUCUCAUAUCGAGCUUCUGUAAACUACUGUGAUGUUUAUAACAAGUAAACGCUUAUAGGACUGCAGUGUUGUGUCGUUUACUCACACUAGCUGCAGAAGCUAUUUUCAGAGCACACAUUAGCCGGCUGGAGUCUUGAGAAGCAGCAAAGGGGCGGUGGGCUGCUACGACUGGCUAGCGACUUAGCUGGGUAGCAGGUGAAUACAUUGUCAGACACUUCUUGUUUAAGUGAAUAAAGCCACGACUGUGAGCGUUGCUAAACACUCGCUGGCCGUUCAGGUUGCUAUCAGCUGUUAAGUUAACCAACGAACCUUAACCAAGGAGCUAGCAGCACCGUAGAGUUAGCUGCUACUCCGCAGAGAAACACUUUAGAUUUAAAGCUAUUACCUUAAUAGCUUGCUGGGAUUGGGUUGUCACGGUGAUAUUCUGGUAAACUGGAGCUGGCAUCGUUACAUUCCCCGUCUUCAACAGCAGGCUGCUGGGCCUGACAGCUGAGAAGAUGUCUGAGGGAGAGAGUAAGCCGGCCCCGGACAAUACCCAGGAGGGGAAGCAGGAGACCGUGGCUGCUGCACCCACUGGCCAAGGGGUGUCGUCCGUGUCUCCCCCAGUGUCCGUGGUGGCACAGCCUCCUGCGGCAGCAGCUACAGAGGAUGAGGAAGAGGAGAGUGAGGAUGAGUCAGAGAUUUUGGAGGAAAGCCCGUGUGGACGCUGGCAGAAACGCAGAGAAGAGGUGAAUCAGCGCAAUGUCCCUGGGAUCGAUAAUGCUUACUUGGCCAUGGACACAGAAGAAGGAGUUGAGGUGGUGUGGAAUGAGGUCAUGUUCUCAGAGAGGAAGAACUUCAAACUACAAGAGGAAAAAGUCAAAGCCGUGUUUGACAAUUUGAUCCAGUUGGAGCAUUUAAACAUUGUGAAGUUUCACAAAUACUGGGCAGAUGUCAAAGAGAACAGAGCCAGGGUCAUUUUCAUCACAGAAUACAUGUCAUCAGGAAGCCUCAAACAGUUUUUGAAAAAGACAAAGAAAAACCACAAGACAAUGAAUGAAAAGGCCUGGAAACGCUGGUGCACACAGAUAUUGUCUGCUCUCAGUUACCUGCACUCUUGUGAACCUCCAAUCAUCCAUGGCAACCUUACCUGCGACACCAUCUUCAUCCAGCACAAUGGCCUAAUCAAGAUUGGCUCAGUUGCUCCAGACACCAUCAAUAACCAUGUGAAAACUUGUCGGGAAGAGCAGAAAAGCCUUCACUUUUUUGCUCCAGAAUAUGGAGCUGUUGCCAAUGUAACCACAGCAGUGGAUAUCUAUUCCUUUGGAAUGUGCGCCUUAGAGAUGGCUGUGUUGGAAAUCCAGAGUAAUGGAGAUUCAUCGUAUGUGUCCCAAGAAGCCAUAAACAGUGCCAUUCAGUCCCUGGAGGACCCAUUGCAACGGGAAUUCAUCCAAAAGUGUCUGGAGGUAGAUCCCACUAAGCGACCCACAGCUAAGGAGCUGCUGUUUCACCAGGCCUUGUUUGAGGUGCCCUUACUCAAGCUGCUGGCUGCACACUGCAUCGUCAGCCACCAGCACAUGAUUCCAGAAAAUGCUUUAGAGGAGAUGACAAAAAACAUGGACCCCAAUCUGGUAAUUGUUGAGGCAAAGGAGGGAGUUCAGAUGAUGCUUUCCCAGUUCCCUGCCCUUGAGCUGGACAAAUUUCUGGAAGAUGUGAGGAAUGGGAUCUAUCCUCUCACUGCAUUUGGGAUGCCCUGUCCUCAGCAACCUCAGCAGGAGGCUGUAAAAUCACCCAUAGUUCCUCCCUCAGUCAAAACCCCGACUCCCGAACCUGCAGAGGUUGAGACUAGGAAGGUCCUUCAGAUGCAGUGUAAUAUCGAGCCUGUCGACGAGGGCACAAAGCACCACCUGACCUUGUUGUUGAAACUCGAAGAUAAACUGAACAGGCACUUGAGCUGUGAUUUGUUACCAAAUGAGAAUGUGCAGGAGCUAGCUGUGGAGCUCGUUCAGUUGGGGUUCAUCAGCGAGGGCGAUCAGCCGCGACUCGCGUCCGUUCUUGAAGAGGCCUUCUCCAAGUUCUACAGCCGGAACGGUUCCCUCAAUCCGGUGACCGUUUCCUCAUAGCUGAGGACUCUCUAGGCCUUCUGUCAGCCCUCCUCGUCCUCCACGACAGGACUAGCUUUUGCUCCGUGUCUAAGUUGCAGCAAAGCUUUGCGAGGACGGAGGAGGAAGCCUUGGUCUGAUUGCAGAUCCUGCAGCCUGUCCUAGUAUCUUCUAGUGGGAAAAGCUGCCACUAAGUGGUUGUUGCUUUUUUUUUUUUUUUUAAUCUUUUUGUUUCCCCACUCAAUACAGCCAUCUGCUUCUCUUUUAAAAGAGGAAAUCCUAUUUGCAACUUAAUGGAAAGUACAAGUGUUUUCACUGUUCGGCUUAUUCCCUCCAGUUCUAAAGUAGUAAAGAAAUGGAAGAAGUAAGCAAAACGAAACGGAUAACAGUAUUUUCCUUAAGUCAGUGUUAAAAUUGUAUUUUAAACAUUUUUACCUAAAGCGGUUUGAUAGUUGUCUGUAUGUCUGUUGUGUCUGCACACAGAGGUGUGUGAAACAUGGUGUUGUAAAGUUUGGUUCCUCUGAAGCAGUGAGAUAUCAUCUGACCUUGUAUCAGUUUUGGAAGACUGAUAUGCAUCAAACUUUUGAAGAAACAGAGUCAAUGUCAGUUUUACUUCGAAAUUCUGUAAUUAUACAUAGUCAUAAAAUAUUCAGCUGCAACACAGUCUGAUGAGCUUGUUAAAGUGUUCAAAGAAAAUCCAACUAUUUAUUUGUGUAUCUUUUCCUGAGUGUCUAAUGUACUUCACUUACAGCACCGAGGCCGGUGGUCAUUCGAAUGUAUGCUUCUUUUACUCACUCUUUUUCUUUAAAUCAUGAGGUUUUCCAUGAAAAAUGACUGUGGUCCAACUUCUACAAGUAAAGCAUUACAGCAAGCAUUAUUCAGUACUAGGUCAAAGAAAAGUUGUUUGGGUGGCAUCUUAUUCACAAGAGGUUGGUUGGAUCCAUGUGGAGCUCUGUUAGCUUUUCAGUACUUCAUGGAUGAUCAUCAGGGUUGGUGAAUACAUGUAUGUUCUGUGUCUACAUGGAAAUCGAUGCAUGGAUUAAACUACCUUCUGGAGUUGGUUCAUUUUAGGUUUUACUGUAAUUUAUCAGAGAGAAAGUUUAGUCAGCUUACGCCUGUCAGCGUGUAGAUUUUGGGGCACUUUUGGUUCCUUGAUAGCUGAGAUUUUCUGUGCUACAUGCUUCCUCUGCCUCACUGUUAACUGUUUGAGGAUCUCUCCGCUAGUUUGCACAGCAUUACACUUCUGUAUCCUGUUGAAAAUGUCCUGUGGCCUCUCUGGCUUGUGCACACCCAACAGGAAGAAAGUAAGCGAUUUUUGGAAGCGGAGUCGUCGGAGAAGUUAGUCGGCGAUCCAGUCUCAUCUCCUCUAUGCUGAGACAACCUGCUGUGGGACUGCCUGACAUGCUCGUAACCAUCUUGUACACUGUAUGCUGGACACUGUGCUGUUUCCACAUUGCUUUUACCUUGUUUUUUUUUCACUUCCCAAAAUAAAACACAUUAUCUCAUCUAA